UAAGACGUCGAUAUUUACUCUCCAAAGGGUGAAAGGUAAGUCUGAAGUUACUUCUGGCGUUGACGUGUGUGAAGCAGUAGAGAUAAUGUUCGAGUGCCUCUGGAACAUGGCAGUAGAGGCAGUCUUAAUUAACGUUUAUACAGGAUGUAUAGUCUGGUGUGUCCCUGGCGUUGUCUGGUUAUUAUUUGUAUAUAGUUGUCGGGGUUUGUUGUUGAUGUGUUGCAAGCUUCCCAGGUAUGUUGGAGAACAUGACAUUUCCUUUACCACUAUGAACGUUUGGGUGGUGGUGGAGCUAUAGUAUCUUAAUAGUAUCUAUCCUAAUUAUCGUGAUCUCAAGUACUUAAGGUCUGAGUAGUGUUCAUAUAUCUUACUAUAAUUAUACUGAUUCAUUAUUCCACUAAUAUAUAAGUUUGGAAUUAGUAAGAUUCCCAGAUUUUCUAUACAAGCCAUGAUAUGUUCGGGAGGUGUUCCAACACCUGUUAACAUAUAACAUUGUACUGUUCACUAGUACACAUAUACUGAUAUUGAAUAUAUGUGUAUUACAAGCGAGCUUACACUUCCAUAAAGUAUAAUGACUGUGCGGAAUUUUGUUUGAGGUGCGUAACGUGAUUCAGGUAGCCUAGUGCGGACUAAGGCUAGGCGCCUCUGAGGCCACCCGUGUCACGGUACCACCUCCCUGGCUUACUGUGUGGUAUGUGUCAAGGCUUACAACCAUGAUACGAGGUCCCGUGGAAGACUGUGAAGCUUGUGCCUCGCAGUCUCCGUCUGACCUAGUCACCAUCUAGCUCUUCACUACUAGCAACUAGCACGAGCGAGCAGUCCACACCCCUCUGCUAGUGCCGACAGUGUUCCUCUUCCGCGCUCCACCACCCACACCUUAAGAUAAAAGUCGUGUUAAUGUGGAAGAGGUAAGUCUGUUGGGCAGUGUGUGAGGUCGCCCUCCACCUGAGGCAGUGUGUGAGGUCGCCCUCCACCUGAGGCAGUGUGUGAGGUCGCCCUUCACCUGAGGCAGUGUGUGAGGUCGCCCUCCACCUGAGGGCAGUGUGAGAGAGGUCGCCCUCCACCUCAGGCAGUGUGAGAGAGGUCGCCCUCCACCCCCGAGGCAGUAUCAUACUGACAGGGCCGCCACACACCAGCUGCCGCCUGAAGGAACGACAACUAUAGCCAUACAUGGUAGACACACAACGUGUCGCCCUCAGCAAAAAUACGGCAUAGCAUCUUUACUACGAUACUCUAUGGUAUCGUAGGCAAGUUCAAGAUGUAAACCAGGGAUAGGACCAAGAACUGGAUUGAUCUUAAAUGUAAUACUGCUGAUGAAGACUAAGCACUGAAGAUUUAAGGAGCCCCCGUGCGGGAGAUGACAACAAACCAUGUUUCCUGAAGGACUCAUCGAAGUGUUUAACCUGUUAUAAGACUGGUGGCCAGACUCUGUUGGAUGUGACUCACACGGCAGCCUUUGGUCACGCGUAACAACUACGAUGAGACAGAACAACAACAAGAAUAAACGAAAACAAAUUACCUGAGUUUCUGGACGGGUGUGAAGUCAUGAUAAACCGAGUCUUCAAAAAUCAAAACUGAAACCUACGUAUGAAAUGAGGCACAUAACAGAGUAAAGAUCUUUUAAGAACUGAUAUAUUUUAAGAUUGUACGUCUUAGUUCUUAUUAGUAGUUCUUAAUGUAGUCAUUAGUUCUAUUAGUGCCAUUUCUUGGAAAAUAUUAUCCCAAGUAAAACUGAUUUGGAGUUCUAUGAUUCCAACAAGAUGGAGAACACUGAAGACCAACAGUGGAGAAAUGACAGAAGAUUAAGUCACGACAUGUCAAUUCCCGAUAUUCAAAUUACUGACACAAGCGUAGACAAUGUGGAAGAAAGCAGCCGGGGCGCUACAACAACUCCAAAUAUGUUUGGCCGCAAGUCAAGCACCGGAUCUCUUCCCGACACACAGACUCAGACGCCAUCCACCGGCCAGGUUGAAGAGAGCCUCGACGGCGCUAGACGCGAUUCUCUUUCCAGGCACAAGCCUAGGGAAGGUUCCAUGUCCGACCUGCAGAGGACCGCUAAGUUCCACCAGGACAGCCAGACUCCCACUUCACCUGGCCACAGUGAAGCGCUGCUUCCUGUUGACAUAGAAACUCUACGUUCUCUUCCUGAUCUCCAUGACUAUAUGACAUCUUCCAGACCUUCUUCAACAGAGAGACUGACACCAGAAUCUCUUAGUGAGCAAAGACAGCCUAAUGACAGAGAUUCGUCCACAGACAGACGCCGCCGGCGGUCAGUGAAUGACAUCUCGUUCAAUAUUCAGCCCCGUAAAUCAAUAACUGAAUUCACGCCGAAAAUGCAGGCGCAGAUAGCGAUUUUUGAGCCCUUGAUGAAUGAACGCAGAUUAAGUUGUGACUUGACCCCCAGUGUCGACUAUCACGGGUCGACUGGAGAUGUCGCGUCAGCUGCGGGUCGUCGCGCGUCGACCAGAGGGGACGAGUCAGCUGCGGGUCGUCGCGGGUCGACCAGAGGGGACGAGUCACCUGCGGGUCGUCGCGGGUCGACCAGAGGGGACGAGUCACCUGCGGGUCGUCGCGGGUCGACCAGAGGGGAAGAGUCACCUGCAGGUCGUCGCGGGUCGACCAGAGGGGACGAGUCAGCUGCAGGUCGUCGCGGGUCGACCAGAGGGGACGAGUCACCUGCGGGUCGUCGCGGGUCGACCAGAGGGGACGAGUCACCUGCGGGUCGUCGCGGGUCGACCAGAGGGGACGAGUCACCUGCAGGUCGUCGCGGGUCGACCAGAGGGGACGAGUCACCUGCGGGUCGUCGCGGGUCGACCAGAGAUGACCAGUCAGCUGGGGGUCGUCGUCGGUCGACCAGAGUUAAUGAGCCAGACAUGGAACGUCGAAAAUCGACCAGAGGAGAUGAACCAGACUUGGAACGUCGAAAAUCGACCAGAGGAGAUGAACUAGACUUGGAACGUCGAAGAUCGACCAGAGGAGAUGAAUCAGACUUGGAACGUCGAAAAUCGACCAGAGGAGAUGAACCAGACUUGGAACAUCGAAGAUCGACCUUACUUGAUGAACCAGACAUCGAACGUCGAAGAUCGACCAGAGGAGAUGAACCAGACUUGGAACGUCGAAGAUCGACCUUACUUGAUGAACCAGACUUGGAACGUCGAAGAUCGACCAGACUUGAUGAACCAGACAUCGAACGUCGAAGAUCGACCAGAGGAGAUGAACCAGACUUGGAACGUCGAAGAUCGACCAUACUUGAUGAACCAGACUUGGAACGUCGAAGAUCGACCAGAGGAGAUGAACCAGACUUGGAACGUCGAAGAUCGACCUUACUUGAUGAACCAGACUUGGAACGUCGAAGAUCGACCUUACUUGAUGAACCAGACAUCGAACGUCGAAGAUCGACCAGAGGAGAUGAACCAGACUUGGAACGUCGAAGAUCGACCUUACUUGAUGAACCAGGCUUGGAACGUCGAAGAUCGACCAGACUUGAUGAACCAGACAUCGAACGUCGAAGAUCGACCAGAGGAGAUGAACCAGACUUCGAACGUCGAAGAUCGACCAUACUUGAUGAACCAGACUUGGAACGUCGAAGAUCGACCUUACUUGAUGAACCAGACUUGGAACGUCGAAGAUCGACCAGAGGAGAUGAACCAGACAUGGAACGUCGAAGAUCGACCAGACUUGAUGAACCAGACUUGGAACGUCGAAGAUCGACCAGAGGAGAUGAACCAGACUUCGAACGUCGAAGAUCGACCAUACUUGAUGAACCAGACUUGGAACGUCGAAGAUCGACCUUACUUGAUGAACCAGACUUGGAACGUCGAAGAUCGACCAGAGGAGAUGAACCAGACAUGGAACGUCGAAGAUCGACCAGAGGAGAUGAACCAGACAUGGAACGUCGAAGAUCGACCAGAAGAGAUGAACCAGACUUGGAACGUCGAAGAUCGACCUUACUUGAUGAACCAGACUUGGAACGUCGAAGAUCGACCAGAGGAGAUGAGCCAGACUUGGAACGUCGAAGAUCGACUAGAGGAGAUGAACCAGACAUGGAACGUCGAAGAUCGACCAGAGGAGAUGAACCAGACAUGGAACGUCGAAGAUCGACCAGAAGAGAUGAACCAGACAUGGAACGUCGAAGAUCGACCAGAGGAGAUGAGCCAGACUUGGAACGUCGAAGAUCGACCAGAGGAGAUGAACCAGACAUGGAACGUCGAAGAUCGACCAGAGGAGAUGAACCAGACAUCGAACGUCGAAGAUCGACCAGAGGAGAUGAACCAGACUUCGAACGUCGAAGAUCGACCAUACUUGAUGAACCAGACUUGGAACGUCGAAGAUCGACCAGAGGAGAUGAACCAGACUUCGAACGUCGAAGAUCGACCUUACUUGAUGAACCAGACUUGGAACGUCGAAGAUCGACCAGAGGAGAUGAACCAGACUUCGAACGUCGAAGAUCGACCUUACUUGAUGAACCAGACAUCGAACGUCGAAGAUCGACCAGAGGAGAUGAACCAGACUUGGAACGUCGAAGAUCGACCAGAGGAGAUGAACCAGACUUGGAACGUCGAAAAUCGACCAGAGGAAAUGAACCAGACUUGGAACGUCGAAGAUCGACCAGAGGAGAUGAACCAGACUUGGAACGUCGAAGAUCGACCAGAGGAGAUGAACCAGACUUGGAACGUCGAAAAUCGACCAGAGGAAAUGAACCAGACUUGGAACGUCGAAGAUCGACCAGACUUGAUGAACCAGACUUGGAACGUCGAGGAUCGACCAGACUUGAUGAACCAGACUUCGAACGUCGACGAUCGACCAGAAUAGGUGAACCAGACAUGGAACGUCGAAGAUCGACCAGACUUGAUGAACCAGACUUGGAACGUCGAAGAUCGACCAGACUUGAUGAACCAGACUUGGAGCGUCGAAGAUCGACCAGAAGAGAUGAACCAGACUUGGAACGUCGAAGAUCAACCUUACUUGAUGAGUCAGACAUAGAACGUCGAAGAUCGACCAGACUUGAUGAGCCAGACAUGGAACGUCGAAGAUCGACCAGACUUGAUGAACCAGACUUGGAACGUCGAAGAUCGACCAGACUUGAUGAACCAGACUUGGAACGUCGAAGAUCGACCAGAGGAGAUGAACCAGACUUGGAACGUCGAAGAUCGACCUUACUUGAUGAACCAGACUUGGAACGUCGAAGAUCGACCUUACUUGAUGAACCAGACAUGGAACGUCGAAGAUCGACCAGACUUGAUGAACCAGACUUGGAACGUCGAAGAUCGACCAGACUUGAUGAACCAGACUUGGAACGUCGAAGAUCGACCAGAGGAGACGAACCAGACUUGGAACGUCGAAGAUCGACCAAAGGAGACGAACCAGACAUGGAACGUCGAAGAUCGAUCUUACUUGAUGAACCAGACAUCGAACGUCGAAGAUCGACCUUACUUGAUGAACCAGACCUCGAACGUCGAAGAUCGACCAGAGGAGAUGAACUAGACUUGGAACGUCGAAGAUCGACCAGAAGAGAUGAACCAGACUUGGAACGUCGAAGAUCGACCAAAGGAGACGAACCAGACAUGGAACGUCGAAGAUCGAUCUUAAUUGAUGAACCAGACUUGGAACGUCGAAGAUCAACCUUACUUGAUGAGCCAGACAUGGAACGUCGAAGAUCAACCAGAGGAGAUGAACCAGACUUGGAACGUCGAAGAUCGACCAGAGGAGAUGAACCAGACUUGGAACGUCGAAAAUCGACCAGAGGAAAUGAACCAGACUUGGAACGUCGAAGAUCGACCAGACUUGAUGAACCAGACUUGGAACGUCGAGGAUCGACCAGACUUGAUGAACCAGACUUCGAACGUCGACGAUCGACCAGAAUAGGUGAACCAGACAUGGAACGUCGAAGAUCGACCAGACUUGAUGAACCAGACUUGGAACGUCGAAGAUCGACCAGACUUGAUGAACCAGACUUGGAGCGUCGAAGAUCGACCAGAAGAGAUGAACCAGACUUGGAACGUCGAAGAUCAACCUUACUUGUUGAGUCAGACAUAGAACGUCGAAGAUCGACCAGACUUGAUGAGCCAGACAUGGAACGUCGAAGAUCGACCAGACUUGAUGAACCAGACUUGGAACGUCGAAGAUCGACCAGACUUGAUGAACCAGACUUGGAACGUCGAAGAUCGACCAGAGGAGAUGAACCAGACUUGGAACGUCGAAGAUCGACCUUACUUGAUGAACCAGACUUGGAACGUCGAAGAUCGACCUUACUUGAUGAACCAGACAUGGAACGUCGAAGAUCGACCAGACUUGAUGAACCAGACUUGGAACGUCGAAGAUCGACCAGACUUGAUGAACCAGACUUGGAACGUCGAAGAUCGACCAGAAGAGACGAACCAGACUUGGAACGUCGAAGAUCGACCAAAGGAGACGAACCAGACAUGGAACGUCGAAGAUCGAUCUUACUUGAUGAACCAGACAUCGAACGUCGAAGAUCGACCUUACUUGAUGAACCAGACCUCGAACGUCGAAGAUCGACCAGAGGAGAUGAACUAGACUUGGAACGUCGAAGAUCGACCAGAAGAGAUGAACCAGACUUGGAACGUCGAAGAUCGACCAAAGGAGACGAACCAGACAUGGAACGUCGAAGAUCGAUCUUAAUUGAUGAACCUGACUUGGAACGUCGAAGAUCAACCUUACUUGAUGAGCCAGACAUGGAACGUCGAAGAUCGACCAGAGGAGAUGAACCAGACUUGGAACGUCGAAGAUCGACCAGAGGAGAUGAACUAGACUUGGAACGUCGAAGAUCGACCAGACUUGAUGAACCAGACUUGGAACGUCGAAGAUCGACCAGAGGAGAUGAACCAGACUUGGAACGUCGAAGAUCGACCAGAAUAGAUGAACCAAACUUGGAACGUCGAAGAUCGACCAGAGGAGAUGAACCAGACUUGGAACGUCGAAGAUCGAUCUUACUUGAUGAACCAGACCUCGAACGUCGAAGAUUGACCUUACUUGAUGAACCAGACCUCGAACGUCGAAGAUCAACCAGAGGAGAUGAACCAGACUUGGAACGUCGAAGAUCGACCAGAGGAGAUGAACCAGACAUGGAACGUCGAAGAUCGACUUUACUUGAUGAGCCAGACAUAGAACGUCGAAGAUCGACCAGACUUGAUGAGCCAGACAUGGAACGUCGAAAAUCGACCAGAGGUGAUGAACAAGACAUGGAACGUCGACGAUCGACCAGAGAUCUUGAGUCACAAACUGAUCAUUUUGGAUCGACCAGACGUCACGGCCCAGAUUUGAGAAGUGGAGAGUCGACCAGUGGUGGGGAAGGAGACGGGCACCGUGGAGAGUCAGACAAAGAAGAGGCUCCACGGAUGGUGCGCCAUAUAGAAAAGGAUUUUGGAAGGGAGGAUAUAGACCCACUGGAACGACGCAUGUGGACCCAGCGGGAGGCUGAAGAUGAGGGCAAGUCGCCCACCUCUACACCAGCCGACAAGCUCCCUCUCCGUUCUCCUGAUCCUCAAGCACGAGGAGCAGAUGGUGAUUUGGUGGAUGAAAAUAAUUCUGAGAAAGCUGCAGAUAUUGGGGAAAAGUUCUUGAAGCUAGCGGAGCCGUAUCUUCAGUACCGCAAGUCAAUUACAGACCUAGAACCAUAUCUUCAAUUCCAGGACGAGAUAUAUAAAUUAACGCCAGAGAUUCAGUCGCAAUGGUCAACAAAUGACGAAAGUUUAGAAACAAAAUCUCUUGAUUCUACUGAGAGGCAACGACGGCGGUCAGACAGGAGUUCCGAUACAGACAACAUAGAUUCUGACUUCCAGCACGAGACAAGUCAACAGGUCGGAAGAGAGCGAAACAGUCCCACUCCAGUGUCAGAGACCGAGCGUCGCACACAGCAUUAUACACAACCAGAGGCAUUGUCUCAACCGCUCUCAGAGAUCAUGACUCAAGGUAUUCGCCGCUCAGUUGCUGAAGAUAACACGGAUUAUAACCCGAGUUCGGGCAGCGAUGCGGAUUCAGAACUCGAUGUAGAGUGGGUGCUAAAUGACCCCGCAUCAAAUCUUGAAUACCAGAAACCCACCAGAGAUGUAUCGGCCGGAGGAUCAAGUGACGAAUCAGAACCGGAACUCAUGACGUACCGUGUUUCUGACGUCUGGGAAGAUGGACGAGGGCUGAGGAGCAGCACACCAAGCGACUCCCAGCCCCACAAGACAGUCACCGAGGAGGAAUCACUGGGUUUAGAACAGCGUCACUCCAGGGAAGAACCGUUUGAUAGUGACGAACCACGCAAGUCUAUUGGCUUGGUAGUGCUCAGCAGUGAACCAGUGCCGGACCACCAGUCUCCAGUGCCAUCACAUCUUGUGGACCAAGAUGGACGAAAAUUAUUUAACGAGUUACCCAAAUGUUCAUCAACGGCAGGAUUGGAGACUCGUUCACCGAGAGGUUCUACGGCAGGAUUGGAGCCUCGUUCACCGAGAGGUUCUACGACAGGAUUGGAGCCUCGUUCGCCGAGAGGUUCUACGGCAGGAUUGGAGCCUCGCUCACCCAGAGGUUCAACGGCAGGAUUGGAGUCUCGUUCACCCAGAAGUUCUACGGCAGGAUUGGAGCCUCGCUUACCCAGAGGUUCAACGGCAGGAUUGGAGCCUCGCUCACCCAGAGGUUCUACGGCAGGAUUGGAGCCUCGCUCACCCAGAGGUUCAACGGCAGGAUUGGAGCCUCGCUCACCCAGAGGUUCUACGGCAGGAUUGGAGCCUCGCUCACCCAGAGGUUCUACGGCAGGAUUGGAGCCUCGCUCACCCAGAGGUUCUACGGCAGGAUUGGAGCCUCGCUCACCCAGAGGUUCUACGGCAGGAUUGGAGCCUCGCUCACCCAGAGGUUCUACGGCAGGAUUGGAGCCUCGCUCACCCAGAGGUUCUACCGCAGGAUUGGAGCCUCGCUCACCCAGAGGUUCAGAUGUAGAACUGGUAGAUCAAACCCCCAUAAGGCCGUCAGCAUUCUUAGACAGUCACUGGGCCCCUAAGGGUUCCACAGGUGGCUCGGAGACUCGCUCACCCAGAGGUUCUACGGCGGGCUUGGAGACUGGCGAGCCAGAGGUGGCGAUGAGCGUAGAACCUCGGCGACGCUCCAUAACCACUACAGUCAUCGACUUCCUGGCCAGUAGGCUGAGUGCGGAUCAGCAGCCGCCAAGCGACAUGGACUCAGCACCUCCCCGACACCUGGAUGAGCUCAGCGCCACCUCUCAGCCGCCAGAGAACUCAGCUAGUUGCCUGGAAGAGUCACUCGGAGAUUUUAAACAAGACCAGAGAGGUAGAAUAUUACCAAGAAGUUCGGUAGGUAACUUGGAGGAUCGUAAAUCACUCACAGCUUCCAUAGGUGACCAGCAAGAUUUAAAGUUACUCAGAGUUUCAGUGACAGACUUUGAUGAUUAUGAGUCUUCCAAAAUUUCCACAGAGGACCACCAGGGCGAUCACAUAUCGCCCGAAGAUUCUGUAGAUGAACUGGAAAUUCACAGGUCUUUCCGAGACUCAGUGGACGAUGUAGAGGUUCGUAGAUCAUCCAAGCGUUCAGGCGUCGGCGCAGGCGACGAUCAGGAGUCCCUCAGGGAGAAGAUAACGGUACCCAGUUUUUCCCUGUCGGACGAUGAGGAAAAGUCGACAUCGAACCUUGAUGGAAGUUCCAGCGAGUCAGAGUCCGAGAGCAAAAUCCGCCGAUCCAGCAGCACUGCACUUCCAGGGUUCCAUGACCUUAGGGCCUUCCCCGAAGUAGCUCAGAAGCAGGAGUCGAACACUGAACCCGAGCCUAUAGUUACUAACGAACCCAGAAGGUCAAUCGGAAUGGAAAUGUUUAAUAAUCUGGUGCGACGGUUCAGUAAUGUGGAGGCUGAGAGCGACACCUCCCAGCUCCUGGGGCUGGGUGCUCAAGCUGCUAGGACAUCCCCCAGAGGUUCACUCGUCACCCAGGAAGAUCACAACUUACUCGCAAGUUCAGAUCAUGACAUACAUGAUAGCAGGUCACCCAGAGGUUCAGUACCGGACAUUGAUGUUCACAGGUCACCCAGAGGUUCAGUACCGGACACUGAUGCUCACAGGUCACCCAGAGGUUCAGUACCGGACACUGAUGCUCACAGGUCACCCAGAGGUUCAGUACCGGACAUUGAUGCUCACAGGUCACCCAGGGGUUCAGUACCGGACAUUGAUGCUCACAGGUCACCCAGGGGUUCAGUACCGGACAUUGAUGUUCACAGGUCACCCAGGGGUUCAGUACCGGACAUUGAUGUUCACAGGUCACCCAGAGGUUCAGUACCGGACACUGAUGCUCACAGGUCACCCAGAGGUUCAGUACCGGACACUGAUGCUCACAGGUCACCCAGAGGUUCAGUACCGGACAUUGAUGCUCACAGGUCACCCAGGGGUUCAGUACCGGACAUUGAUGCUCACAGGUCACCCAGGGGUUCAGUACCGGACAUUGAUGCUCACAGGUCACCCAGGGGUUCAGUACCGGACAUUGAUGCUCACAGGUCACCCAGGGGUUCAGUACUGGACAUUGAUCCUCACAGGUCACCCAGGGGUUCAGUACCGGACAUUGAUGCUCACAGGUCACCCAGAGGUUCAGUACCGGACAUUGAUGCUCACAGGUCACCCAGGGGUUCAGUACCGGACAUUGAUGCUCACAGGUCACCCAGGGGUUCAAUACCGGACAUUGAUGCUCACAGGUCACCCAGGGGUUCAGUACCGGACAUUGAUGCUCACAGGUCACCCAGGGGUUCAGUACCGGACAUUGAUGCUCACAGGUCACCCAGAGGUUCAGUACCGGACAUUGAUGCUCACAGGUCACCCAGAGGUUCAGUACCGGACAUUGAUGCUCACAGGUCACCCAGGGGUUCAGUACCGGACAUUGAUGCUCACAGGUCACCCAGAGGUUCAGUACCGGACACUGAUGCUCACAGGUCACCCAGAGGUUCAGUACCGGACAUUGAUGCUCACAGGUCACCCAGGGGUUCAGUACCGGACAUUGAUGCUCACAGGUCACCCAGAGGUUCAGUACCGGACAUUGAUGCUCACAGGUCACCCAGAGGUUCAGUACUGGACAUUGAUGUUCACAGGUCACCCAGGGGUUCAGUACCGGACACUGAUGUUCACAGGUCACCCAGAGGUUUAAGAACACAAUAUAGCGAGAGUGGGACACUGCGAGAGAGUGUAGGACACACCUCGUCUAGUGAGGACGAGUACAUGGACCCUAUUGACAGUUCAGGACCCGACGCGGACACAACACUGUCAAGCAACACAUAUGACGUGUACAGUGAACCUCCGUCAAGUUUGCCGCCUGUCAAGUCAGAUGUUGUAGCGUCUAUACCAGUAAUGGAACAGGACCUAUACCAUCCCUCAGUGGUCGUCACCCCUCAACCAUCACCACCAGUAAUGGAACAGGACCUAUACCAUCCCUCAGGCGUCGUCACCCCUCAGUCAUCACCACCAGUAAUGGAACAGGACACAUACCAUCCCUCAGUGGUCGUCACCCCUCAGUCAUCACCACCAGUAAUGGAACAGGACCUAUACCAUCCCUCAGUGGUCGUCACCCCUCAGUCAUCACCACCAGUAAUGGAACAGGACCUAUACCAUCCCUCAGGCGUCGUCACCCCUCAGCCAUCACCACCAGUAAUGGAACAGGACACAUACCAUCCCUCAGGCGUCGUCACCCCUCAGUCAUCACCACCAGUAAUGGAACAGGACCCAUACCAUCCCUCAGGCGUCGUCACCCCUCAGUCAUCACCACCAGUAAUGGAACAGGACCCAUACCAUCCCUCAGGCGUCGUCACCCCUCAGUCAUCACCACCAGUAAUGGAACAGGACACAUACCAUCCCUCAGUGGUCGUCACCCCUCAGUCAUCACCACCAGUAAUGGAACAGGACACAUACCAUCCCUCAGUGGUCGUCACCCCUCAGUCAUCACCACCAGUAAUGGAACAGGACACAUACCAUCCCUCAGUGGUCGUCACCCCUCAGUCAUCACCACCAGUAAUGGAACAGGACCUAUACCAUCCCUCAGUGGUCGUCACCCCUCAGUCAUCACCACCAGUAAUGGAACAGGACCCAUACCAUCCCUCAGUGGUCGUCACCCCUCAGUCAUCACCACCAGUAAUGGAACAGGACCUAUACCAUCCCUCAGUGGUCGUCACCCCUCAGUCAUCACCACCAGUAAUGGAACAGGACCUAUACCAUCCCUCAGUGGUCGUCACCCCUCAGUCAUCACCACCAGUAAUGGAACAGGACCUAUACCAUCCCUCAGGCGUCGUCACCCCUCAGUCAUCACCACCAAUUAAGACAAACAACAGUCUUAAUGCGUCAAAGACCACCAUAUUCUCCUCGCGUCGAGGCGACAUGAAGAAGAACACAAUCACAGAGUACUACCAAAUGGAGGUGGAGACCGGGGACCUGUAUUACCACGAAGUACCGGACAUAUACACGGCUCUCUACUACCACAUGACCGCCAUCUUGUCUCUCCCGGACCUGGAUAUGGUGGAGAUCGACCUGCCUCUGGAUGACAAGCCGCUGCCACACUGGACACAGGUCAACCACACUGCCAAGCUUCAGAGUCUAGGAGCCACGGGGAUGGAGGCGGCCAGGCGCCAGCAUGAGACGUACGGCAGGUCUUCCGUGGAAACAUUUCCUCAAGACAAGAGGAAGAAGAAGUCGCUUGAGAGCAUCACAGGUGUGACAUUCUGCGGGUGUGGGUUCCUGGGGAUCUACCUGGUGGGUGCCGCCUCCUGCCUCCAGCAGCGAGCCCCGGGCCUCCUCCGGGGGCGGCUGGCCGGCUCCUCUGUCGGCUCCCUCAUCGCCACCUGCCUCAUCUGUGACGUCCCUCUACAGACGGUGCGGGAAACACUGCUGAAGACGGCCAAGGCGACGCGGUCUUACAUGCUGGGGCCUCUGAGUCCGUUCUUCUUCCUGGAGGAGCCGCUCCUGAAGAACCUUUUAGAGAUGUUGCCGGAGGACGCCCACGUCCGCGCCUCGGGUCGUCUCUUCCUCUCCCUCACCCGCGCCGCCACGCUCACCAACGAGGUGGUGAGCGAGUACAAGUCACGAGACGAGCUGCUGAGAGCAGUUCUUUGCUGCUGCUUCUUGCCCGGAAUCUCCGGGUUUUCGGUGCCAACAUUCCAGGGACGCAGGUACAUGGACGGAGGGAUGAGUAACAACAUGCCGCUGAAGGGCGACACCACCCUCAGCAUCAACGCCUUCGCCGGAGAGUUUGAUAUCUGCCCCGAGGACGACGAGGAGACCUACGGCCCCACCACGGCCUUCAACCAGACCCUGGAGAUGUCUAAGGAGAACCUACGCAAGUUUUACCUGGCUCUGGUGCCGCCCGAGCCCGAGGACCUCGACGUGUACUUCGAGCGUGGAUAUGCUGACACUGAGAAGUAUAUAGCAAGUCAACCCGUCCUCUCAAAAUAACGUCACUUUUUCGCGCGUAUGCGCGCUAUGGCGGAAAACUUACGUUAUUUGAAAUGAAAUCGGCUCACUAAG